AACCAGACCAAAAGUAUGAGGGAAUGCCAGCUGUGCUGUGUGCCUUCUUUCACUUGUCUUUUCAAAACAUAAGUGAAGGAAUGUCUGCUGGGUGGAUCUUUCAGGAGACAGAGAGUUUCAGUCUGCAAACGUUUCAGUGAAUGCUCUCUCUGACACAGUCAGUCAGUCAGCGCUUCAGCAGCAUGGGGACUCUUUCUAGCCUGCUCUUUUUACUUCUAACUGUGCACUCAGUAAAUGCGCUGAAGUGUUACGUGUGUGCCUCUUCAACAUCGAAUGAAGAAUGUAACAAAAACGUCCAGGAUUGUCAGGCUCCUCUGGACACCUGCAUGACCACCGUAGCCACACUAGGUGGUUUUACUGCCAUUUCCAAGACAUGCUCAUAUUCAAAAAUCUGCACGGGUGCUGCAUCCACUGCCUCGGUGGACAAUAAUGGAAAUGGCGUGCAGGUGACGUGCUGUAACAGUAACCAGUGCAACUACAGCGGAGCAGCUAGUGUCACACUGCACCGAUGGCUGCUGGUCCUACCACUGCUCCUCAUCAGCCUCCUCUUCAGACAGCACACCUGAAAUGCUCAACACCCCAUCAUGGACUACAAGCAUCUUUGUGUUGAAAAUACUACUGAGCUAACUUUCUCUGCUUCAUUCUCUGCUUGGUCAUUUGUUUAAAAAAAAAGAGGUGUCUGUUAAAAUGGAUAACAUAUUCCAGGCAUCUGAUCAUAUAAAGUAAUUGUAUGAAAACUUUAGAAAGGAAGAAUUGUGCAAAAUGAUGGCCUGUGUAACUAGAGAAUGAAUCUAAUCAAAUGAAAAACAUAACAGCGUCGCACAUGAAUUCAGGCCCUAGACGUGUAACUAUGGACAUAUUUAAUGUUUUUUUUUUCCUCUUUUACUUUUAAUAAAAAAUUUUACAGUUCUAA